AUGAAGCAAUUGACUGCCUCGGAGGUUCGUUACACUUUUUAUUCAAUUGAAAAUCGAUAAUUGGUGAUAACUUUGCAGGUCCGCUCGACUUUCAUCAACUUUUUCAAGGAGAAAAAGGAGCACACCUAUGUGCAUUCGUCGUCCGUCAUCCCACAUGAUGACCCGACUCUCUUGUUCGCCAAUGCAGGCAUGAACCAGGUGAUUUCCUAUUAUUUCACGUUUCCAGUUGGGAAACCGUCUCCAAUUUACAGUUCAAACCGCUCUUCCUCGGAAUUGCCGAUCCUAACAGCGACCUGGCCAAGUUGAGAAGAGCCGUCAACACGCAAAAGUGCAUUCGUGCUGGAGGAAAGCACAAUGAUCUCGAUGACGUCGGAAAAGAUGUCUACCAUCACACAUACUUCGAGAUGCUCGGAAACUGGUCUUUCGGAGAUUAUUUCAAGGUAGGAUAACAUACAGCGUUUGAAGUUUUACACAUUAUUUGUUGCAGAAGGAAAUUAUCACUUGGGCUUGGGAGCUUCUGACUCAAGUGUACGGAAUUCCGGCCGAGAGACUUUACGUCUCCGUGUUUGGAGGAGACGAGGCAACUGGAGUUCCAGCUGAUACGGAGGCCCGUGAAAUCUGGAGAUCCGUUGGGUAAACCGUCACAAAUUAUGAGUACCUUUGUUCAUUUUCUUACUUUAGUGUUCCGGAUGAGCGAAUCUUGAACUUCGGAAUGAAGGACAACUUCUGGGAGAUGGGAGAUGUCGGACCGUGCGGACCGUGCUCUGAAAUUCACUACGAUCGCAUUGGAGGACGCGAUGCAUCUCAUCUCGUUAAUGCCGACGAUCCGAUGGUCGUUGAGAUCUGGAAUCUCGUGUUCAUUCAGUUCAACCGCGAGGAAGGAGGUGCUCUCAAGCCGCUGCCCGCCAAGCACAUCGACUGCGGUCUUGGACUCGAGCGUCUUAUUGCUGUUAUGCAGGAAAAAACGAGCAACUACGACACGGACAUCUUUCAGCCAAUCUUCGAAGCCAUCCACAAGGGAAGCGGAGUCCGCCAGUACACCGGACUGAUCGGAGACGAGGACAAGGAUGGAAUCGAUAUGGCCUACCGUGUCGUUGCCGAUCACAUCAGAACUCUCACCAUUGCCCUUUCUGAUGGUGGACGCCCAGACAGCACUGGAAGAGGAUACGUCCUCCGUCGUAUUCUUCGUCGUGGAGUCCGCUACGCAACCGAGAAGUUGAAUGCUCAGCCAGGAUUCUUUGCUGCUCUCGUGCCUGUUGUCAUCUCGAUCCUCGGAGAGACUUUCCCGGAAUUGCAUCGCGACCCGGAAACUGUUAAGGACAUAAUCAACGACGAAGAGAAACAGUUCCUGAAGACGUUGUCCCGUGGACGUGUGCUUUUCCAACGCGCUGUCGCCUCUCUUCCAGAGGGCACGAAGACAUUCCCAGGAGACGUUGCCUGGAGACUCUACGACACGUACGGAUUCCCAGCCGAUCUGACUCAGCUGAUGGCUGAAGAGAAAGGACUGUCUGUGGACAAUUCGGCUUUCGAGGAGGCUCGCAAGAAGGCCAUCGAAACAUCGUCGGCUGGAGCUGGCAAGUUCCGUGACACACUCGAUCUGGAUGUGCACGCUCUCGCUGAACUGCAGCAGAAGGGAGUGCCGACCACUGACGACUCGCCGAAGUACGCUUACUCUUUCACUGGUGAAGGUGCCAAUGCUGUCUACAGUAAGCUUUCCCAUUAAAAAUUGUAGCGAAUAGUCACAUUUCAGAGUUUGAGCCAUGCGUUGGAAAGAUUCUCGCCAUCCGUCGCGACGGAAAGUUCGUCGAUCAGCUGGUCGCUGGUGAAGAGGGAGCCAUUCUUCUGGAUCGCACCAAUUUCUAUGCUGAGCAGGGAGGACAGAUCUACGACGUCGGAGUGCUCACGAAAGUCAACGAAGAGUCGAGCGAGUUUAACGUGAAUAAUAGUCAAGUUCGCGGAGGUUACAUCGUGUUGGUCGGAUCCGCGGAAGGAAACUUUGCCGUUGGAGAUCAAGUCAAUCAGCGAUUCGACGAAGACAGAAAACAGCUGAUCAUGAAGAACCACACUGGAACUCACGUGCUCAACUAUGCUCUUCGUAAAGUGCUCUCCGAUUCGGACCAGAAAGGAUCUCUUGUCGCUCCGGAUCGUAUGCGGUUCGACUUCACGAACAAAGCCGCAAUGACCGUCAAGCAGGUGAAGGAGGCCGAACAGUACGCCCAGCAGCUGGUGGACACGAAGGGACAAGUGUAUGCGAAGAACUCGCCACUCGGAGAUGCCAAGAAGAUAAAGGGACUCCGUGCCAUGUUCGAUGAAACCUAUCCGGACCCAGUCCGAGUGGUCGCUGUCGGAACCCCCGUCGAGCAGCUGCUCCAGAAUCCAGAUGCCGAAGAGGGACAGAACACAACUGUCGAGUUCUGCGGAGGAACGUGAGUCACUUGCUCAUUUUUAUGCUUUCUAAUUUAUAUUUAACUUUAGUCAUCUCCAAAACGUGUCUCAUAUCGGUCGCAUCGUCAUCUCUUCGGAGGAGGCCAUCGCCAAAGGAAUCCGGAGAAUCGUCGCAUUGACGGGACCAGAGGCCGAGAGAGCAAUUGCGAGAGCCGAUCGUCUGGAAACUCGUUUGGCUGAGGAAUCGAAGGUCGCUCAGAACAAGGAUCUCGUUUCCAACAAGGAAAAAUUCAAGGCUCUUCAAAAGAAGAUCCAAGAAAUCGUGGAUGAAGCCAACGGAGCUCAGCUGCCUUACUGGCGGAAGGACGCCAUUCGUGAGACUGCCAAGGGCCUUCAGAAGACUUUAGACGGAUACGCCAAGGCUGAGCAGGCUGCAGUUGCCGAGAAGGUUCUUGGAGAGGCCAAGGAGCUCGCCGCUGUAGCCGAGCAGCCGCCAGUGCUCGUCCACGUCUUCACUUCGAACGCGAACAGCAAAGCAAUCGACAAUGCUCUCAAGCUGCUCAAGGACACGAAGGCAGUGAUGGCAUUCUCGGUGAACGAGGACACCGGAAAAGUGCUCUGUCUCGCCAAGGUCGAUAAGGUUGUUCAUUCUGGGUGAUGAACGGAUACUAAUGUGUUCUUUUUCAGAGCCUGGUGAGCGGUGGUCUAAAAGCCAACGAAUGGGUGAACGAGGUGUGCACCGUGCUCGGAGGAAAGGGGGGUGGCAAGGAAGCGAACGCUCAGCUGACCGGAGAAAACGUGGAUCGGUUGGACGACGCCGUCGAACUUGCCCGCAAGUUCGCACUCGCUGCUAUCAAUUAG